UUCUUGAUUCCCUGAUUGGGUUGGGAGGAGAAGAUGACCCUUUUUGCUAUUGUUCCUCUGUCUUGUGCGCCAUGGCGCAGCAGAUCCUGGUGCCCGUGCUCCAGCGCACCUUAGCGGAGUAUCUGGAGGUCACGGAUCACACCGUGGAUCUGCGCCGGGGUGAGAUCGCGCUGGCGCAGGUGGCCCUUCGCAAGCAACAUGUAGCAGAUGGUCUGGAAAUCUCUGGGCAGGUGGGUCGCAUUUUUGCCCGGUGGUCCUGGUCGGGGCUGUUGACACGGCCGAUCCAGAUUGAGGUCAUGGAUUUGUCUCUGAGGCUUUCGUGCGUAGAUGGGAUCAGCGAUUCAAAGGAUGCUCCAGCUGCAGCUGCGUUGGAUCAGCCAUCGAACAAUUUCUUGGAACGCAUGAAACGGAAGGUCAUGGAUCAACUUCAAGUCACCGUCUCCAAUGUGCAUCUUCGUGUAGAAGGACGGACUCCGGUGUCACGAACCAGCAUGACACCGGGCCAGCUGCCGGUGGCCGGACUGGUGCUGCAAAAGUUCAGUAUUGAAACGGAAGAUUCGACGUUGCAACAGACCGUGACUUUCGACCAUGCCAGUCUUUACCUUGAGCAUGUCACACCUACGAUAGCUCCCUCAUUCCAAACUCCCAAUGAUUCAGCCGCUUGGCUGACAAAGGAAGCGGUCUCCCCCCGCUGUGUGGCCCGCCGCCGAGCUGGGCGACGCUUCGUGGAUUGGAAAGGCUUGGACUUGCAGUUCGAGCUCAACGACAUGAAGCUCCAGUGGACACGACGGCAGCUUCUCAUGCUGAUGUCCCUUCUGGGAGACUUCUGUGGCUCGAGUCAAGAGGUUGUGGAGCGUGAGGGGCCAGCGGCUUCUGCCGGAGAGGACUUCUUUGAGUGCGAGGAAGAGCCAGCGCCAGCGGUGGAAAAGCCCAGUCGGCCAAGUUGGUCCAACUGGUUUCGUUCCUGGCUGCACGAGGGGGCAGAGGUGGGCGAGGAGCUCCCAAGUAGCUUGGAAGAAAGCGAGGUGAAGAUGCUCAUGGAAGAGACAACCCUGAAGGAUGCUGAUGAGUUGACUAUGUCUAUCUUAAUGACAGGUUUGGAGAUGCAUGCGAUCGAGAGUUGCUUAAAAUGUUGGCUGGGAGGAAGAAUGAACCUGAAGGUCCAGGAGCUUGAUUCUUGGGACCUCAAUCUGGACGUUACUGAGUGUGCGCUACUUGAGACGGGCGCUGCAGUUCCGGGCGCCGAGCAGGUCCAUGUGGGCCAUGCGAUUGCAGGGCCACAGUCGUCAGAGCCGAUCGUGAUCAAAGCACAAAGAGGUGCUGAGAAUCUCUUGAACCUGAGCAGCCCUACCAUGGAUCUCCAUCUCACUCCCAAGCUCUGCCGUAGCCUGGUUUGGCUGUCCACUGCGAUGACCAAUGCCCUGCCGGAGUCCGAGUGUGGAGGUUCCACUGACUGGCAGGUCACUUGGAAGUUGCCCUUGGCGCUUCAUGUGGGCCAACCCUGGCAGCUUCGCAGUUUGGUGUCCAACUGCUGUAUGUCAGGGUCUUACCAGAAGGACUUCUGCUCCGGAGAGGUGUUGAUGACCAUCAACCUAGACGGGCGGGAGAUUUUGGAGCCCUUCCACUUGGAGUUCCAACGCUCGAUGGCAUCCACGUCUAGCCCAUGGCGGGUGGCAGCUCAACAGCUGACGGGCACUUGCGAGGUGUCGGAGCUCGUGUCGGUGGUGCGGAUGGUGAAGAGCAUCAUGAAUGAAGUGUGCCACACGUCGACUUCGAUCCCCACUGAGAACCUUCCGAACCCUCCAGAGCUAGCUGAAGUGGCUGAAGUCCAGGUGGCUUUACCUCACAACUCGUCUCCCGAUCUUCUAAUUUUUAGCCUGGGCGAAGUCGCAUGGCGCCUCAACGACCCUUUGCUGAAAGCCUCCUUCGUGCUCAAAGCCGAUGCCCUGGGGCUGCAACUGGGCACGAAGAUGACCCAGGCCUCACUGGAAAUGGCGGCCAUACAGAUGCACCUUGCAGAGGUGAACUGUGGCUGUGUGGAGCUAGCGAAGCCCUGGCUCCAGUGCGAGUUGGAGGGUGCUCGAAGCUCUCUGCACGUGCAGGGGCAACUGCGCGUGGAGGACCCAUCAGCCGAAGAUGCAGCAAUCAGCUGUCAGCCCUUCCGCUGUGACAUCUCCAAAUAUGCCGACGUGAGCCCUACACGCAUUGAGGUGUCCGUGCGCUGUGCGGGCGUUCGUGUGAACAGCACGGAGUCCUAUUUGCUCCGCUGCAAGUUGGCGGUGGACUUUUGGGUGGACUUGACAUCUGCGCUCUUCAUCGAUCCUUUCUUGCUGGAGGAAAGGCCCUUUGGAUUCAGGAUCCAGGAUGGGUGUAUCGCAGAGGAAUCCUCGUACCGCGAUGGAUUGCUCGACGGCUGCUUGGUGGUCGGCUUGGAGCCGCCAGCGGAGGAUCUGCCCAGGGACCUUUUGGAGCGCUCGACGCCCGUGGUUUUGCUGGUGGAGCGAACACCCGAGAAGUACGACUUCAAGGUCACGGUGAGUGCGCUGGAGUUGCAUGCCACCCAGAUCUCCUUGGAGCAAACGACCAAGGUGCCGGUGGUUUUGGCCAACUCCAAGCUCCAGUUCCAGGAAAGCUGUGUCCACUCUCCGCACACCUCCUGGGGCGAUCUGGGGGAGAAGGUGAGCCGUCACUAUGUCGAGCAGGCGAUUGAGGCCCUGCCCAAGCUGUUCUGCAACCUCUCGGUCUGCGGUCGGAACCUUUUCGGUGCAGCAGCUUCCUCCGCGGGCUGCUCGUUGGCCAUGCUACGCUUCGGUGGAAUGGCCACGGGGGCCGCCGCAGGGACCCUGGCCGAGGGAUUAGUCAUGACAACACGGGCGGCCGUGGCCAAGGGGAAGGAGAUCAGAGAUGGCAAAGAUGGUUACCAGUUUGGUGAUUUUACGAAAGGAUUACUUCGUCUCUCUCACGAGCGAGGCCGCCACAUCCUAGGGACCUACGAUGACACCGGUGGCGCUGCCAAAGCGGCGGCAGUGGGCUCGGUGUCGGGCGUUUGUUCCUAUGCAUACCAGACGAGUGCUGUGUCCUCCACCCUGGGUGCGGCUCUCGGGGGGACCGUUGGGGCACCCUUGGGCAUGGUGGGCGUGUCGGCGGGCAUGGCGGCCGGCAGCACCGCGGCGCGGCGCGUGUCGCAGGGCGUCAGCCAAUGUGGCACAAAGGUGCAGAAGAUGGUGAGCAGCGCCGUGGCGGAGGGCAAGACAGCGCGCGGGGAUGCUGAAGGACAAUAUCGUUUGGGUGACUUCACAAGCGGGGUGCUGGCUGCUGGUCGGGAGGCAAGGGGAGCCAAUGAAGGUUCCCGGGGUUACAAGCCAGGAGACUUCACACGUGGACUUUUUUCCAAGCUUAGAAAAUAGGUCAACGUCAUGUAAAGCAGACGGUGGCCUUUUGCAAGUUUCAUGGUUUUGAAAAAUAGGCCAAGCAGCCAAGGUCAUGUACAGGAGACUGCUGGCUGAAAAUGGGCGAUUUUUUGCAGCAUGCGUCAGGCACAUAAGUUGUACAGAUCUCCACUAACACUUAUAUAAGGUCAGGAUAAUGACGCUAUAUGGAUUUCCAAAAGGAAAGAGAGCAUGCAGCCAUACCAUAUCCUCUAAAAUUCAGAUCUGAAAGGGCAAGGCAGGGGGACAAAAGCUUUGUGGCAAGAAGGUGAACGUCUAGUUCUGGUCCGUGCCAAUCGAUGUGUCAGAUCGAUAUGUCGCACCCAGAUCAGCGGUGAUGCGUGAUCAAGUCCCACCCCAUGGCCUCAGUGGUUUUCGGUCAGUUCACUUCCAUGGUCGUUCUUUUGAUCUAGGUCCCUCAGGUGGUGGGUUUCAGAGAUUCUCAUUUUCAACCUUUACAUACUUGGGAUAUCUUGGGAUGAUUGAAACCACCGACUCAUACUUUCAGUUUUGUUUCUGCUCCCUGGUCAGUUCCAGUUCACAAUUUUCAGGUCUAGUAAGGCCGACCAGGUCAUGGCCCGAAUGAGCACUGAAAUUGUGAAGAUGGGUUUUGCGGACGGGCUUCAUGUCUAUCUCCCAGUAGUCUCUUAUUGAGAGGGCACGAAGUCAGACUGGAGUCAGAUUCUUCCCAGACUGGAG